AUGACCGACACACCUCCAGCCGCUAAAAGCCUCGAUGAGGAGUCUCCAAAGAAAGAAGAAACAUCAAAUGAAUCAGAAGAGAAAGAAGAGCCAAAGACGAGUCCACUUGCCGACAUUGAAUUUUUCAAAGAGGCUAGGAAUCGCGUAAAGUUGUAUGUGCUAUGCGAUCAACGAGUAUGGGACGAUAAAGGGACCGGUCAUGUCGCUUGUGUUCCGAUGCCCGAGCAACCUUCUGUGUAUUGCAUCGUUGUUCAACUAGAAGCUGCAGAAAAGAAGAACGUAUUGGAGUCGAAAAUUCAAAUGGAUACAGCAUACCAAAAGCAACAAGAGACGCUGAUUGUUUGGUCGGAAUCUGAAACAUGUGACCUCGCUCUGUCGUUUCAAGAAAAGACCGGAUGUGAGGAAAUUUGGGCAAAAAUUUGCGAAGUACAAGGCCGCGAUCCUGAAGAGGGAUAUGAGGACAUCGAAGAUGGAGACGCCUCAGAUUCUGGACAGCUAAAUCAAACAACAACGAUACGUGGAAAUUUGAUCCCGAUGCCACCAUGUGAGAUGUGUCGUUUACCAGAAAUAGAGGUUGUACUUGGCAGCCAUGUGCAGUCACCAACAUUAAGAGAAAGAAUGGCAAACACCAUUGAGAAUGAAAAUUUUAUCUCAAAGUUAUGUGAUGUCUUUCGGAUGUGUGAAGAUCUUGACAAUACUGAAGGGCUACGAACUUUGUUCAAUAUUGUUCGACAUCUGUUUCAUCUUAACAGAAAUAACAUUAUCGAUCAACUAUUCGCAGAGGAACACGAGAAAGAAAUUCUUGGAAUGCUUGAAUACGAUCCGUCGUGUCCCGAACCACGGAAGCAUAGAGAAUUCAUCUAUGAGAAAACGAAAUUCAAAGAUGUAUUGCAUAUUGAGCGUCAAGAAUUGAGGGACAAAAUUCGACAUGCCUACGUGGUUCAAUAUGUGCAAGAUGUUUGUUUCCCGGCCCCGUCAAUUUUUGAAGAAAAUCUUCUCUCCGUUUUGAACAGCCAUCUAUUCUUUGUGAGAGUCGAGAUUGUUACGAUGCUAAUGGAAGAAAAAGUGCUGAAGGAGCUUUUCAACGAGCUCAAAGAUUCAGCUUGUCCUGUGGCAAGACGGGCUGAUCUUGUAAAAUUUCUUCGCGAGUUGUGCACCUUCUCGCAAGCUCUUCAAAACAACGGACCAAAUAGCCGAGAAUCGUUUUUCAAAACUUUGAUGCAAAAUGAUGUUCUUGCAACGAUUGAGCCCUCGAUUCUUUCACCCGACAUUGAUACUCGGAUCACAAUUAUUGAAGUUCUUGUAAUGCUUGUUGAAUACAAUCCACAAACGGUUCGUGACUACGUGAUUCGACAGGAAAAAGAUCAUAAAGAGGAUGAACUUCUUCUAAACCUUCUAAUUCAUCACAUGCUCAAUGAUAAGGACGCUGAACUUUCAAGUGCUGAGCAAGUAGCACAGGUGCUCAGAGCAUUACUUGAUCCCGACAAUAUGGUUGCCCAUAAGACCGAGAAAUCGGAAUUUCUGAUGUUCUUCUACCGGCGAUGCAUCAAUACGUUGACCAAGGAACUCUUGAAGAAUAUCUCUUGCGAGAAACCAGUUAAAGAUGAUUACUAUACCGCGAACGUCUCUUGUCUAGCAAUGCGUUUUCUCUGUUUCUGCGUGGAUCACCAUGGGUACAACAUGCGAAGGUUUUGCCUAUCAACCGGCUUAAUCGGAAAACUCAUGUCAUUCCUACGCAGCAAGCAUCAUUUGCUGGCAUUGAGCACAUUGAAGCUACUUCGGUCAGUUUGCACGCUGAAGGACGAUUUCUACAUACAGGAUAUCAUCAAGAAUAAUGCAAUUGAUAAAGUGGUUGCCUGUUUUGUUGCCAAUGGUCCACGCUACAAUUUGUUGAAUUCAGCCAUCAUUGAGCUAUUCGAUUUCAUUCGACAGGAGGACAUCAAACGCCUGGUUAAAUACGCCGUUGAAAAGCAUUGGUCAACUUUUGAAAACAUUCGUUAUGUAAAAGUUUUUAAUGGAUUGAAGAACAGAUACGACCAAUAUGUUGAACGAGAACGUCCAUCAUCGGCCAAUGAUUCACAGAAAGAGGAUAGCAAAGGAACAAAAGAGCGCAUGUUCGAUGCCGAAGAUCAAUGGUUUAGUCAGGAGGACGAUGAAGAAGAGGGUCAAGGGGCUACAAUUGUAGCCGCAGGUGGCGACAUGCCCGCAAGAAAGACUGCAGCUGAACCGCAUUUCCCAUCAGUUUCUCGCGGACGUGUACACGAUGAGGAAGAUGAAGAUGGUGUCUUCACUCCUACGGCAACUUUGAAUGUCCGAAAACAACCAUCUAUCCGAAUCUUCUCUUCUGGUCGAUCUUCAAACUCGCCAAAUUCGCUGGGAAUUUCUCCUGAAAGAAGCCGCUCCCCUUUGCAAUCUGUACUAGGAGUUGACGAGGUAACCAGCAGCCAACAAAGUAAUCCCGGUAGCCCAGCUGUUAGUCAUGCAUUAAAGACUCUUUCUGAAUAUGGUGACUCGGACUCGGACAAUGAAGAUGAACAAAAUGAAAGUGGGGACAGUCGAGACGAGGAGGUUUCAUCAACUAGCAAGGAUGAAGAAUCAGCUGUGCCUUCAAAUGAUGCCACCGCCAUGAGUCCUGGAAACAACAAAAGAAGGCGCACCGAAUCGCCGGACUUGGCUGAUGGCAAGGUGCAAGGUGAUGGGGAAGCCGAGCAAACGUCUCCAAUAGCACAGCAACCAGCCGGAAAGAAACCACGACCAACGUCUCCACCAAUGGGCGUUUCGACACGAAUUGUGCCACUAGCGUUUGCGGAUAGAGAUUUGGAUUUGGAGAACAAGGCCAAAAUAAUGGUGGCGAAAGGAAAUCCAACAAAUGCUGCCGUCACUGUCACAACUUUGGAGAAGGAUCCAAUUAUGGAGCUCUCAUUCGAGCAUUGGCAUCCAGCGACCGAGGGAAAACACAAAUCAUUUGAUGUAUCGUUGAUCGUGUCGUUGUACGAGAAAGAAAUACGCGGCUCUUCGUUCAAUUCAAGAAAAAUUGUUGUGCUGGAGUUGAGUCAAUAUCUGGAGCGCUACUUAUGGAGCCACUAUUCACCAGGGCAGUGCUCUCACGCUCACGUUAUGUCGAUCGUCGUGAUGAUGAAUGAGAAAUUCAGAGAACGAACAAAUGGAUGGCAGUGCUUUGUUGAUUCGCCUGAGCAUUUCUCGCAUUUCAUGUCACGGGUCUGCACAUUGUCAAUUGAUGAUGCGCCUAACACCAUAGAGCAGUGUCAACUCUUGCGUUUCUUGGUCAACUGUUUCAAUUCAGUGGAAAUCGACAUUGUGCGAGAGCAUGUCGGUCGACUCACUCAUUUAGCUAUUUGGGAAAACCUACUUCCAACGCAGCGAAGUGACUACUUUAAAAAGAAUAAAAAGCUUCGGAAAUAUUGGGCAGCUUUAGAGAAGCAAAUAACUGAAAACUCGCCUAAUGUUCCCAGCAAAUUUGAACGGGAGUAUUUAUGGAAACUUAUUCAACGAUUCAUUCGCGUAUUGAAAUCAGUAGAUGAUGAGUCAAAAGAAGUUGACGUCGAUGAAAUUCAUUACUGCGAGCGAUUCGUUGAGCUUUUGAUCGAUCUAGAGGCACUUUUACCUACAAGACGGUUUUUCAAUGCAUUGCUACAUGUCUCACACGUGAUCGUUUAUUGUGUAAUGUCCAAAUUGAUUAUGGCUGAAGCGGGAUCAUUGUUCUGCCAGCUGGUGACAAUGCUCAAAUUUUACUCACGCUUUGAGAUCGACGAAAUCACUGGACAACAACUCUCACAAACUGAGGUCACAAAUCGCCAUUACGAAUAUGUGGUUGCUCUGCAAAAUGCUGCUUUCAAAUACUUCAAGGAAAGCAUGCAAGAUUUCUAUCUACUAAAUGUGAGCUCUGUUGAUACCCGAAAAUCGUUGAUCACCGUGUUUUCACGAAUGGAGAACAAUGAACUUUAUCGCUUUGCUGAAUAUCUUCACUUGGUGCCACCCGCAAACCCUGAAGAUAAGGAAAACCAAGCGAUCGAAAAGUUUGGCCGAGAAUUCCUGGCUGAAGCUAUUACUUUGCAUUGUGAGCGACGUCAAAAUCAACUUCAACAAUUGAACGAACAGCCAUUAUUUCCAACCGAAGCCGUACUUUGGGAUGAGAAUGUGGUUCCGUAUGAGCACUACUCCGGAGAAGGAGUGCUUGCAUUGAACAAGUUGAAUCUGCAAUUCUUGACUCUUCAUGACUACUUGCUCAGGAACUUCAAUCUUUUCCAGCUCGAGAGCACAUAUGAGAUUCGGCAAGAUCUGGAAGAUGUCCUGUUUCGGAUGAAACCCUGGCGGCAUGAGACAAAGAAUGAGACAGUUUGGGGUGGAUGGAAUCGAAUGGCUCAACCACUUGUUGACAUGAAAAUCAUUGAGGUGAACAAACCAAAAGUCAGCGAGAAAGCUCCGGCUAGAGUGCGAGCGGAGUUCACGGUCAACAUUGGGAAAAGACACGAUAUUCGGCAGGAAUGGGAAGCUCUUCGAAAACACGAUGUCGUUUUGCUAGUUUGUUGUAGACCAAAGGAACCCGUUGGAACAAAAUACGACAUGAGAAAGCCCUUCAAAAAUCAGAUAGAUGUUACGUAUGUUCGUGGAGCCGAGGUCGAAGGAAUGCUUGAUGAGUCGGGACAGCUGAUUGAAGAAUACACUUCCUACGAGAGAAAGCCAAACAUCAAAGGAGAUGUCCGCCGGUAUCGUAUUCUUCUCGACGCCAACCAGUAUCGACUUGAUAUGGAGAAGACAGCGUUGGCUGGUCAUGAGGACGUCUACUACACCUUCAAUCUUGUCGUUCGUCGUGAUCCCAAAACCAAUAACUUCAAGGCUGUGCUCUCUACUAUUCGUCAACUUUUGAACACGGAUUGCGUAGUACCAGACUGGCUGCAUGAUAACAUUUUGGGAUAUGGCGAUCCAGAUUCAGCUCAUUAUUCAAAAAUGGCGACCACAAUUCCAUCGCUUGACUUCAACGAUACUUUUCUUUCCUACGAGCACUUGGUUGAAUCGUUUCCCGGCUAUGAGAUCCGAUCAACAACAACUGAUAAAGAGAAACUCAAGGCGCCUUUUAGAAUAACGUUCAAUGAUUUGGAUCGAAGACAGAACGUGGAUCAUGGAAAGGUGAUCAAUGUUGAGCCAAUCGUUAAGCCACCGCGAACACCAUAUCCACUUAACAUCAAACAAAAUGCCAUCAAAUUUACGCCAUCGCAAGUUGAAGCUAUCAAAUCGGGAAUGCAACAAGGCCUGACUAUGGUCGUUGGGCCUCCCGGAACCGGAAAAACGGAUGUGGCUGUGCAAAUCAUCUCAAACAUCUAUCACAAUUGGCCACAACAAAGAACUUUGAUUGUCACCCAUUCCAAUCAGGCUUUGAAUCAACUGUUUGAGAAGAUCAUGGAGUUGGACAUCGAUGAAAGGCAUCUUUUGCGUAUGGGACAUGGAGAAGAAGGACUCGAAACGGAAAAAGACUUCUCACGAUACGGACGUGUGAAUUAUGUGUUGAAAGAACGCAUUCGUUUACUUGGUGAGGUCGAGCGUUUGGGCAAGAGCAUUGGACACCCGGGUGAUGUUGGGUACACAUGCGAGAAUGCCGGGAACUUUUACAAAUAUGUGCUCUCAUUGAAAUGGAGUGAUUUCAAGAUCAAGAUAGAAAACGAUUCAAGCAAUCCGCGGGUGAUCGUCGAUAACUUCCCAUUCCACAAUUUCUUCAGCAAUCUUGAACAUUUGUUUUCGGGUACAUCAUAUGCAAACGAUUUUAUUACGGCUGAGUCCUGCUGGAAACACAUAACUCACCUUUUCCAUCAGCUAGCCGAGUUCCAAGCUUUUGAGAUGUUACGAAAUGGACGCGAUCGAACAGAAUAUCUUUUGGUCAAGGAGGCAAAGAUUAUAGCCAUGACGUGCACACAUGCUGCUUUGAGACGGGACUAUUUGGUCGAACUCGGCUUCAGGUAUGACAACAUCUUGAUGGAGGAGUCGGCGCAGAUUUUGGAAGUGGAGACAUUCAUUCCUCUUCUUCUUCAAAACCCGGACCAAGGGCGCAAUCGUUUGAAGAGAUGGAUCAUGAUUGGAGAUCACCAUCAAUUGCCACCAGUUGUGCAGAAUCAAGCUUUCCAGAAAUAUUCAAACAUGGAACAAAGUCUUUUUGCUCGUUUUGUACGUCUGGGUGUUCCCACUGUGCUACUUGAUCGACAAGGGCGUGCUAGAGCAGAAAUCGCCUCGUUGUAUUCAUGGCGUUACAAAGGUCUUGGAAAUCUCCCCCACGUCGAAGCUCUAUCACAAUUCAAAUUUUCGAAUGCCGGAUUCCUCUAUCCGUUCCAGAUGAUUGAUGUUGGUAAUUUCCAAGGAAAGGGAGAAACGACACCGAGCCCAUAUUUCUACCAGAAUCUUGGUGAAGCUGAAUACGCAGUUGCCAUUUACACCUAUAUGCGAAUUCUUGGGUACAACGGACAAGCGCAACUUUUACGGGAUGUCGUCGAACGACGGUGCACCAGCAAUCCUCUUAUUGGAGCUCCGGCUAGGAUAUCGACUGUUGACAAGUACCAAGGACAACAAAAUGACUUUAUCAUUCUGUCAUUGGUGAGGACAUCCAAUAUUGGACAUAUCAGGGAUGUCCGUCGUCUGGUUGUAGCCCUAUCUCGUGCGCGGCUUGGAUUGAUUGUGCUCGGACGAGCCUCACUCUUUAGGAAUUGUUACGAAUUGACGCCUGCAUUCAAGCAGUUAUGUGGACGUCCUUUAAGAUUGCUACUCGUACCUACGGAAACGUAUCCAUCUGAAAGACCGCUCAACGAGAAGCCAAAAGGUGAGGUCUUGGAAGUGACGAAUACGGAACACAUGUGCCACUUCGUGCAUGAGUUCUAUAAGGCAAACAUGGACCAUAUGAUGCAGCGAUACGAAGUAGAGCAAGCGGCUGAGAAGGAACGAAGAAAGGUGUAUGUGCCCGAGAUUGAGCCCGACGACGAGCCAAUGGAGACUGAAGAGCAAAAGCAAAAGAGGGAAGAGAUCGAGGCAAAGAGAAGAGCCGAAGAGGCAAAGAAGAAAGCGGCUGAAGCGGAACAGGAGAUCGUCUUCGAAGAAAUGGAUUUUGAGAAGCUCGAGGAAGUACCGAAAUAU